UACUAGAAGUUUCUCUGCAAGUUCUUAUCUAUUUUGAACGCGCUUUAUACUCGUCAAUUCUUCCAUUAUUUAUACAUCAGAAUUGUUAAAAAAGAAAAAUUCUCUGAUCAAUUUGUGCAUGCAUUUAUCUAUAUCUAUUCUUUAUCUCUCUUUUGCAUUAAACAUUUACGCUCAUCGGUGAUCACCAUUAUGUGUCCGCUUAACGCUGUUGAUUUGUACAGGAUAUUCACAGAGCUCGACAAGAAUGGCGACAACCUCCUGAGUCUGGAGGAGCUCAACUGGCUUCUUGAAAAGAUUGGAGUUCAUUACAGCCUGAGCGAGCUGGAGUCAUUGCUGGGAAAACAAACCCUGGACUUCAAUCAGUUCUUGUUCUUCUGGGAUUCCAUAUCGAAAAGGAAUAGCAGUAGUGAUGUUAAUCAUGAAGGAGAGGAUGAUGAUGAUGAGACGGAUGUCAUCGACGCCGAGGCAGACCUGGCUAAGGCGUUCAACGUGUUUGAUAUAAACGGAGAUGGGUUCAUUUCCAGCGACGAGCUUCAGAAUGUUUUGUCGAGACUUGGAUUGUGGGAUGAGAAGAACGGGAAGGACUGUAAAAGUAUGAUUUGCAUGUAUGAUACCAAUUUGGAUGGCGUUCUUGAUUUUGAAGAAUUCAAGAACAUGAUGUUGCAGACCAGUUCUUAAUUUAUUUCUGUAAAUGGGGCUUUUCUCCAAGCUUUUGCUGCGCUUCUUAGAAUCUGUCAACUGCAGAAUUUGUUCUACUGUUCAUACACGCAUACGUGUGUUAUUUAUCUUCAGUGUGUUAUUUAUCUUUAA